AAGAAAGCUGCUGGAGAAAGCCAGGCAGGCUGGUUUGGGUGGAUUCAAGAAAACAAGUGGAGCCAAACCUACCGUCAAGGAGAUGUGGGAUGGGGAAGAAUGUGUGAAGGAGAAGGAGGAGGACGAGAGGCCGUCAUCCGUAAGGACCUCACAGGAACUGGAGGCAGCUCGUCCCCUGGGAAGCACUGACUACACAGAUGUGCAGGACAUGUCGGCAGCAAUGAAGGACAGCGGAAACAGGGAGGAAGAGGAGGAGGAGGAGGAAGAGGAGGAAGAAGAGGAGGAGGAGGAUGUUGAGCUGCAAGAUCCACAUGAAACGCAGCACCAAACAGCUCAGCCUUCAACCGAUGCCAUGCAAAACAAGAAGCCCGGUCCAUCGCUACCCUGUGCUGAGGAGAGCCAUAAGGACUCACAGGUAAAGGUGGAGCGUUCCUCUAUUGCAGGGCAAGAACCAGAGGCCGAGGCCGAUCUUGAUCUUGACCCUGAGGUUGACCUUGAAGGUGAUCCACAAGGAGAAUCGUAUCCCUGUCCGCACUGUGAGCGCCACUUCUCCACCAGGCAGGGUCUGGAGCGCCAUCUACACAUUCACGCCAUCAGCAACCAGCAAGCACAACUGUUCAAGUGCCGGUACUGCAACAAGUCCUUCGGCUCGCAGGUGGGACGGCGGCGGCAUGAGAGGAGGCACGAGAGCGGGUUGAAGAAAAGGCCCGGCUCCCUGGCUGGAGCCGCCGGUCUGCUCAGUCCUGUGGUGCAGACCGAUUCUAGUCCUGACUGCACCAGUCCAACCAGUCACUAUAUAGCCAUAGGGUCCCAGUUUACAGGAGGACAUCUGCACAACUCUGAGAUGCAGAGAAAGGAGUUGGGGCCUCACGCCGACCGUCCCUUUAUAUUAGAUGAGAACGGGGAGUCAAAGGAGCUCCAUCCCUGCAAGUACUGCAAUAAAGCGUUUGGCACACACACCAACAUGCGCAGACACCAGCGCAGGAUACACGAACGGCAUUUGUUACCAAAGGGAGUUCGCAGGAAAGGCAUGCUGCUGCAGGAGGCGUCGGCGCAGCAGCAGAAGCAGCAGCAGCAACCCGAUGAGUCCCCCAGCACCAGCCCGCCCCUCGUCUACGUGCCCAGCGCCGACACAGAGGACGAGGCGGACAGGGACGAUUACGCAGUCGACAUAUCCAAAAACAUCUCUGAGAAUUUGAGCUUUUACAUCGAUGGCAAGAUUGUGUCCACCAGCUCGGUGAGCAGCUGUGAGGUGAUAGAGGUGGACUCGAGGUCUGCGGCUCUGUUUGGUUUGGACACGGUCAUAAUUAGUCCGAAUCAGAUCAGUCAGGCUCUGAAGGUGGAGGGGAGGACAAGUGCAGGCAAGCAGAUCCCCAACACGGGGCAGUCAGCCGUCAAAAGGAGAACAUCCACCCCCCCACUUGUUCCCAGCCUUAAAGUGGAGACCGAAACAACGGCGUCGUCUUCGUCAUCCUCCUCAUCUUCCUCAUCCAACCUGUUAGUGGGAGGACUGUUUCAGCAGGCCACAGAUUCAUCAGCGUUUCAGCGAGAGAAAACGGUUUACCUCUCGCCGAAGCUCAAACAGCUCCUCCAGACACAGGACAUACAGAAAUCCGCCAUCACCCUGAUCACAGAAAGCCAUAGACUGGCCUCGCCGCUGUCCGUCACGCAGCUGCAAGGGGCGUCAGGGAAGUUCAAAAGAAGAACCGCCUCACCACCGUCGUCUCCACAGCUCAGUCCUGCCUGUAAAGCCGAGAGCUGUAAAGCGGAGGUGUCGACCUCCUACACCCUGAAGGUGCCAAAGCUGGAGAGCCACAGCGUGUCGCCUCCUGAGAGCGUGCUGGACAAAGACGAGCGGGACACCCUGAGCCCCUCUGGAAACCAGCCGCCCUCCAGCAGCGGAGGAAACUCCUGUAAUCAGCAGCCCUUGGAUCUGUCAAACUUUGUCAGUAGGAGGAGUGACAGCUUGAGCAAGGUGCACGGGGACUCAGCCCUUGAUCUGAGCUUGCAUCGAAAGGCCGCUGCAGAGCCCGAAUCAAAGGGGAAUCCGGCGCCGCAGCCGCUCGUCAAGAAGAGGAAGCCCAACACCAGUAUGCUUGAAAAGGUGCUAAUGAACGAGUAUGUUGGUCUGACUCUGCCGGGAGAGGACAGCUCCCUCACCUUGACUAACCUAAGCUGUUUCCAUUCCCGCUCUCCCAAUGUCGCGUCAGACUCGGCCCACCCCUCUCCGCCCUCCCUGACCCCCGUCACCAUGAAUCCCUCCUCACCUGGUACCUGCAGCGUGACGUCCCCGACGCCGCCUCCACCUGUGCUACCUACUAUACCGUCUCCACCAGCCAUGCCAAGCUCUCCUCUUUCCCAGCCUUCAGACUCGUCUGCACUGAGACCUCUUCCCGUUCUCUCACCAAAGAUGUCUCCGAGAUCAGUUGAACAGAAGUCCCUGUCGGACUCGGAGGAGAACUUCUUUGCUGAGGAAAACAAAGAUGAAGAGGAGGACCAUAUCUCUGAGCCACUGGAUUCCCCAAACACUCCACUUGAAGGUCCCGCUAAUCGUACAGCGACACCGAGCCCUCCGGGGCCUGCAUCAGUAGAUGUGCCCACUACAGAAGAUGAUGUUUCUCUGGCUGCAGCUAGCCUGCUAAACGGCAAACUGAACCAAGACGUUGUCUCAGUAACAGAGAAAUCUUUGAAACCUGACUUUGCUGCUCUCUCGUCCCAACCAGAGUCAUCAUCUUCCUCAAUAUCUCCUCCUCUUGCUUCACAUGAUUCGCCUCCAUCUCUAGUUUCACAGCCUCUACUUCAGAUUAAGAUAAAGGAAGAGCCUCAGCACAGUGUGGACGAGCUGCCGGUUAUGAAUCACACACCUCAGGAUGAGGACGGUGUCGGCUCUUCCUCUCAGCCUGCUGCUUCUGAGAAACCACCUGACGAGAAAACGUCUGAGGCGGAGGAAGUCGACUCGACGUACUGCAAGACCUUUGUGUGUAACGUCUGCGAGGAGCCGUUCAGCUCCAUCAAAGAGCUCAGCGGACACAUCGCGGAGCACGCGGCGGACUGGCCCUUCAAGUGUGAGUUUUGUGUUCAGCUGUUUGGUGAAGCUCCGGCGCUGCUGGCUCACCGGACCACACUACACGGAGUGGGCCAGAUCUUUGUGUGCUCCGUCUGUUCCAAAGAGUUCGCCUUCCUCUGUAACCUCCAGCAGCACCAAAAGGAUUUGCACCCAAACGAGGCGUGUUCUCAUACUACUGUAGAGAGUGGCAAGCUGAGGCCACAGAAUUACACAGACCCAUCCAGAGCCAAAGAGGAGAGCAGCCCCUCGACGCCAGCACCAGAGGCGUCUGAUGACAAUGCUCCACCCAGUGACUCUCAGUUAGCAAAAGAAGAGCCUGAUGUGAACGGGAACCACGCGGAGGACGGGGCCGAGGACCCCAACGAGGAGCUUUACACUACAAUAAAAAUCAUGGCUUCAGAAGGAGGGAAGCCUAAAGGCCCCGACGUCCGCCUCGGCAUUAAUCAACACUACCCCAGUUACAAACCACCCCCAUUCCCUUAUCACAGCCGUUCCCAUGCUGGCUCUGUGGCCUCGGCUACUAACUUCACCACCCACAACAUACCACAGACUUUCAGCACUGCCAUUCGCUGCACCAAGUGUGGCAACAGCUUUGACAACAUGCCUGAACUGCACAAGCACAUCCUGGCCUGUGCCAAUGCGAGUGAUAAGAAGCGUUACACUCCCAAGAAAAACCCCAUCCCCCUCAAGCAAAUAGUGAAGAGUCCCAACGGAGUGGUGUCACCCACAGCCGCCGCCGCCGCUGCAGGCCACAGUGCUUUCCGUAGAAUGGGUCAGCCAAAGAGACUUAACUUUAGUCAAGAAACUGCUAAAACAAAAAUGACUGCCCUCAGUAAGAAGAAAAACCAGCUGGUCCAGAAAGCCAUCUCACAGAGAAAUAAAGCCGCCACGACUGCGAAGAAGGCCACCAUCAAAGCUGAAGAAGAGCAGGCCUCCAACGUCUGCCCCCACUGCAGCCGGGAGUUUACUUACCCCGCAAGUCUGAACAAACAUAUGGCCGUCAGCUGUCCCAUGAAGCCUGUUGUUGUUAAAAAGGGCAAAAAGGGUCUCGCAGAGGUGAAGAAGGAGGCAGCGUCUGUGGUGGACAGAAACACAAGUGUUAAGAAGAAAGCUUCAGACUGUGAAACGCAGGCCGAGCCGGGCCGUAAACCUCUGGGAAAGACCCGAGCUCGCAGCUCCGUUACAGCCGGCUCCGAAUCCUUCCAGACGAGAAAAGGAAAAACUGCUGCUACCGUGAGACGACUCAAGAGGCCCGCCUCAUUCCCAGCACCGGUCCGUGCGAGCAAAAAACCCAAGAAGGGCCAAGUUCAGUCUCUACCUCCCACCCCGUCGGCCCAGGACGCUCCCGGCGACGCUGCACAGCGGCCCGGUGUGAGAAUGCAGCGCAUGGGCAAAGAGGCAGCGCCCAAGAGGUUAGCAGAGGCCAAAUCACCACCGCAGCCACCGCAGCAGCAGCAGCAGCAGCUGAAGAAAGAGGAGCGGUUCUCCCUCCGGACGAGGGAACGGGUGGGUGGCCCGGUGACCAGGAGCCUGCAGGCCAGCACAGCCUCUCCUGCUGAGGUGAAGGCUGAGGAACCGCCGACUCAAGAGCCAAAAGAGACUCAGGAGGUGCUGAUGAAGUGAGCCAUGUGGACGCUGUGGAGCUCUUCCUGGUAAUCCGACACUCUGGACUCACCAAGGCGCCGAGGACGACCUUUGUGGUGGUUUUAUUCACUCAAAACAAGUCUGCUUGUCCCAACUGCCUUUUCUGGAUUUGAGGAGGGAACUCUUUUUAUCUUCCAUCUGUCUGAUGAACUGAACUGAGCCUCGAUUUUUAGCCAGCCUUGCAAAAAAGGAAACUGUAAAUGACAAUGAGUUAAUAUAUGCGAGACGUGUCAUUACUUGACCCAAAACAGUAAGCUUAGGGCUCCGUUACUUUUGGAAAGCUGAUAUAUUGCAGAAGGCAAUCACGUAUCAGUUAGGGUUAGGGAAACUUGGUGAAGCUUUCGUUCCGUAUUUUCCCCACUUGGUUGUUUAGAUUUCCGGAUGUUUCCAGAGUCUCUUAAUGCAUGUCGCUGAAUAGAGUACAAACUAGAUGAAGCCAGUUCCCACGUCUCUCCCGAUGGGCGCCUACUUCAGUUUAUACAUGAUUUGCAGACUAUGUAUGUUUGAUUUAAAUUUUUUCGUUGUCAUUAUAUUGUAGAAUAUAUCUUUUUUUGGCAUAUUUUUGUUUGGGAAACAAAAAUGAAAAUGGCGGUUAUUUACCGCGACAAUUGGUCCUCAGGAACACUGUAUAUGCGUGUGGUAGGUAUAUGUAUGGUUAUGAUUGGAUGUGCAGCCCGACAGCUACUCCUUAGGUCUAAAUCUCAAUCCGUUUGUACUUGCUCUCUCUCUUUAUCCGGCGUCAGCAGGUAAUUGUCAAAUGAUGGGAAUGGCGUUGUCGUCUCCUUAAAAUGAUGUCCGUCUUGAAAAUGAUUUUUUUAAUCUCGCUCAUACGGCCCAGUGUUCUCACAGCACUUUAAAACAAACUGCCAAAACGACGAGCUGGAUCGAUUGGUUUCCUCACACGGUGAAUGGUGGAAUGUAUUCAGGUCUGUUGCACUUCGCAGACGACGGCAAUGUUGCCCCAAAGUGGAGCAAAUCACUCAUCUGAUGUUUUGUCAACUUUUACAGCCAACAAAUCACCAAACCGGUUGUCCUCGAUUUGACAAUGACACAUGACACAACUUUAAUAUGUCAGCAUGCAUGAAACUGACUCAGAUCUUUACAUAAGAUGAUAAGAAUGCAGCAGUGUUUUGUAUUUUCUCUUCCUGGCCGUUGUAAAUGGACAAAGUUGUCUCAUGUGUCGUCUUUUUUUGUUUUGUUGGAAAGUCGCGCCACAGUAGCUGAAAGAUUCCUCCCCUGAAGACGUCGUUGUCUCAGUGAGGAUGAAAGUGUCAUCACGGCCCUGCCGAUGGUUGUUAUUGUUUUAGUUUAGUUCAGUGCUCACCCGACUUCUUCACUCGACUAUAUCCAGCUGAGAUCGCAGACACGCAGGCAGCGCUUCAACGCUCGUAGCAUGUUAUGGGAACGUAAAUUGAACAAUAUGAUUUGAAGCUAAUUUAUAUUUCCAUGAGAAAUCUUCAUGUUUUGCCUAUCAGCAUCAAGAUUAUGUAUUUAAGGAUGAACAAAGACAAAAAUCCCAAAUGACCUCAAGUAAAAACACAUUGCUGUAAUUGACAUAAUAAAAAAAAAGUUUUUCAAUUUG